UUAUUAUUAACCAUGCAAUCCGAACUAGAUUUAUUAGAAGAGGAAGCUAAGCUUUUGGAUAAGAAAGCCAGUCUUGACACUAGCUGGUAUAAAGAUGUCAAAAAACUCGAGGAUAUUGUUAAUCGUGAUCGGAAAAAAAGAACCCUAUGUCAAGAUAACGGAAUUUUCCUACUUGAG